GAGAGACAGAAAAAGCAACAAAAAGUUCACUCCUUUACUGUCUCAAAGUGUCUCUCCACCCCUCUCUUUAUCUCUCUGUCUUUGUGUUUUCUUUUUAGUUUUAUAUAACACACACAAACACACUUUCACUUUCAGUAAAAUCUUGAUAUUUGAGUCCAUUACAUAAAGACCAGGGGACCUCUUUCCAACCCUCCUUUUUCAAACCAGUCUCCCUCAAAAACCCUCCUAUUUCUUCAUGACUCAGAGUGGAGGCUCUCUGGGAGAAGAGAGAUGCUUGCUGUUGUCUUCUUCAUCUAGCCAUUCAUAAAGAAAUUACCCAGAAAUUAAAUCUUUAAGCUUUGUAGUAUCUUUUCACUGUUUGUUUAAGUACUUGUGUUAAUGGCUCUUGCUAUGCAUAGAGAUCAACAGAUGGAUUCAAGCAAGUAUGUGAGGUAUACACCUGAGCAAGUUGAGGCUUUGGAGAGAGUGUAUACUGAGUGUCCAAAGCCCAGCUCUCUGAGAAGGCAGCAGCUUAUAAGGGAGUGUCCCAUUCUCUCUAAUAUUGAACCUAAACAGAUCAAAGUCUGGUUUCAGAACCGCAGAUGUCGUGAGAAACAAAGGAAGGAAGCAUCUCGUCUCCAGACUGUAAACAGGAAGCUUGGUGCAAUGAACAAACUGCUGAUGGAAGAAAAUGACCGCUUGCAGAAACAGGUCUCUCAUUUGGUUUAUGAGAAUGGAUACAUGCGCACCCAACUGCACACUGUAUCAACAACGACCACUGACACUAGCUGCGAGUCUGUGGUCGUAAGUGGUCAGCAACAACAACUAAACCCAAAUCCUCCGCAUCCCCAAAGGGAUGCCAACAGCCCAGCUGGUCUUCUUGCAAUUGCUGAGGAGACCCUGGCAGAGUUCCUCUCAAAGGCUACCGGAACUGCUGUCGACUGGGUGCAGAUGAUUGGGAUGAAGCCUGGUCCGGAUUCUAUUGGCAUCGUUGCCGUUUCCCGCAAUUGUAGUGGGGUAGCAGCACGAGCCUGCGGUCUCGUGAGUCUAGAACCCACGAAGGUUGCUGAAAUCCUCAAAGAUCGUACAUCUUGGUUCCGUGAUUGCCGUUGCCUUGAUGUAUUGAGUGUCAUUCCUACUGGGAAUGGAGGAACAAUAGAGCUAAUAUAUAUGCAGACGUAUGCGCCUACAACACUGGCAUCAGCAAGAGACUUUUGGACAUUAAGAUAUACUACAACUCUGGAAGAUGGCAGUCUUGUGAUAUGUGAAAGGUCUUUGAAUUCUUCAACUGGUGGUCCAUCUGGGCCCCCUAGUACAUGUUUUGUAAGAGCUGAUAUGUUACCUAGUGGUUAUCUGAUAAGACCUUGUGAUGGUGGCGGUUCCAUCAUCAACAUUGUUGAUCACGUCGAUCUGAAUCCUUGGAGUGUGCCUGAAGUUUUGAGGCCUCUGUACGAAUCUUCCAGAAUACUUGCUCAGAAAAUGACCAUGGCGUCCUUGCGGCACAUAAGACAGAUUGCACAAGAAACAAGUGGUGAAAUUCAAUAUAUUGGUGGGCGGCAGCCUGCUGUUUUAAGAACGUUCAGUCAAAGAUUGUGCAGGGGUUUUAAUGAUGCUGUGAACGGGUUUCUUGAUGAUGGUUGGUCGAUAUUGGAUAGUGACGGUGUUGAGGAUGUUACUAUUGCUAUCAACUCGAAUCCAGAAAAGUUUAUUGGUUCCCAGUAUAAUAACUCAUUGUCAAUGCUGCCAACCUUUGGAGGAGUGCUCUGUGCAAAAGCAUCAAUGCUUCUACAGGAUGUUCCCCCAGCUUUGCUUGUCCGUUUCCUGAGGGAGCACCGCUCGGAGUGGGCUGACUAUGGAAUUGAUGCUUACUCUGCUGCAUCUCUGAAAGCAAGUCCCUAUGCUGUUCCGUGUGCUAGACCUGGUGGUUUCUCUGGUACCCAGGUCAUUUUGCCUCUUGCUCAUACCGUGGAACAUGAAGAGUUUCUGGAGGUUGUUCGGCUAGAGGGUCAUGCUUUUUCCCCAGAGGAUAUGGCUUUGUCACGAGAUAUGUAUUUACUGCAGCUAUGCAGUGGGCUUGAUGAGAAUGCUGCAGGUGCCUGUGCGCAGCUUGUCUUUGCACCUAUUGACGAAUCCUGUGCUGACGAUGCGCCCUUGCUGCCAUCUGGUUUCCGUGUGAUACCAUUGGAUCCUAAAUCAGACAAGCCCAGUGCAAAUAGAACACUAGAUUUGGCUUCUACACUUGAAGGGGGGCCUGGAGGUGCACGCCCUCCUGGUGAAGCUGAUAUAAACAGUUAUAAUCUUCGCUCUGUGCUGACUAUUGCAUUCCAGUUCACUUUUGAGAACCACUUCAGGGAUAAUGUAGCUGUUAUGGCUCGUCAAUAUGUGCGUAGUGUUGUGGGCUCGGUCCAGAGGGUUGCCAUGGCUAUUUCACCCUCCCGGAUGAACUCACAUUUGGGGCCAAAACAACUACCUGGUUCCCCCGAGGCUCUUACCCUGUCGCGCUGGAUCUGCAGGAGCUACAGGGCUCACAUCGGGGCUGAUCUUCUCCAGGUAGAUUCUCAAGCGGAUGAUGCAGUCUUGAAACAACUCUGGAAUCAUUCUGAUGCAAUUCUGUGUUGUUCGGUGAAAACAAAUAUAUCACCGGUCUUCACUUUCGCUAACCAGGCAGGCCUUGACAUGCUUGAGACUACCCUUGUGGCCCUUCAGGAUAUAAUGCUUGACAAGGUUCUGGAUGAAGCUGGUAGGAAGAUUCUUCUUUCUGAAUUUUCAAAGAUCAUGCAACAGGGAUUUGCUUAUCUUCCUGCCGGAAUAUGUGUGUCGAGCAUGGGCAGACCUAUCUCUUACGAACAAGCCAUUGCCUGGAAAGUUCUGAGCGAUGAUAACUCCAGUCACUGCUUAGCUUUCAUGUUCGUAAACUGGUCCUUUGUUUAAAAAUAAAGCACCCUAAUAUGUCACAGCCUUAGCUGUUGCUAAAUUAUGCAUGUUUAUGUGAAAGACAUCGGCACUGGCCAUCCUCAAAGUCAAAAUCUAAAUGUAACCUUAUGUAUUGUCAGUUGAAGUUAUUAAGCUGGUAUGAAAGAUUUGGAGCUGGUAUACUCUUACAUAAAUAUAUUUCUAUGAUUUUGAAGUAAAA